AUGAUGCUUGUGCCAACAAAAUUGUGGUCGCUAACUGCUACUGAGGUUUUGAGCUUGAUCAAAAGGGACCUGCUCACUGUCGAAGAUUAUGCGAAUGCACUAUUGAAUCGUAUCGAUUCGAGAAACAGCGUAGUUAAAGCAUGGCAGUACUUUGAUUCGGACCUCGUCUUGAGCCAGGCUCGUGCUCUCGACCAAGUUCCACACGAUCAGAGAGGUCGACUCCACGGAGUAGCCAUCGCCAUCAAGGACAUCAUGGACACCAAAGACAUGCCAACAGAAUAUGGUUCUCCGUUAUACAAGGGCAAUAAGCCAAAUGCCGAUGCCUCAAUUGUCGAGAUAGUCCGGAGAGCUGGAGCCCUAAUAGUCGGCAAGACAACUACAACAGAAUUCACAGUGUUGAAUUCAGGUCCUGAUACCACCAACCCGCACGACCCAAAUCGAACGCCAGGCGGGUCUUCGGCUGGAUCUGCAGCUGCAGUGGCUGAUUUUCAAGUACCGCUCAGCUUUGGGACACAGACAGGUGGUAGCGUUAUUCGUCCAGCUUCUUACACGGGCAUCUACGCUAUGAAGCCAACCUUUGACACAAUAUCUGGCGGAGGCAUCAAGGUCGCCUCCCAUGAGUUCGAUACCAUUGGAUACUUUGCUCGUAGUAUGGAAGAUCUCAAACUCAUUACGGACGUGCUCAGUGUCACGGAGGAGAAAGCAAUGAAGGAAAUGCCACUGAAAGAGCAUAAAGUUGGCCUCGUGAAGUCGCCGUUUUGGCCAUCUGCAGGACCCGGCACCAUUGCAGCGAUGGAGAAUGCUGCAGAGAUUCUCCGCAAUCACUGUGUCACGGUCGUGGAUGUCGAAUUUCCGGACGAGUUCAACGAUGCCACAGCUCUGAACAGGAUGUUCGAAGUAAUCUUUGUCACCGAUGGGGGCGUGUCAUUCUACAAGGACUAUCUCAUGGACACUACGAAGACAAAGCUAGACCCUGAUGUUCGUGCAUUCGUCGAGGACGCCCCUAAAUUCCCCCGUGAGGAAGUACGGCAAGCCUUUGACUACUUUGCAGCCCUACGCCUUGUCUUCGAUAAGAUUGCCUCACAGUAUUCUGCUCUGAUAACUCCCAGCGCAACGGAUGAAGCACCCUUGGGACUAGGUGAUAUGGGUAGUCCCGUUUUCAACUCAGUGUGGACGGCAGCGCAUAUGCCAGUUAUCCAUGUGCCAGCUUUCACUGGACCUAACGGCAUGCCCGUCGGCGUGUCUCUCAUAUCCCGCAGGUAUGAUGAUCGAUAUCUUCUGAGCAUUGCAAAGAUCCUCAGUGGACCUCUUAUGAGCGAAGGGAGUUUGCGGCAGAAAUCAGUAUCUAUUGAGGGGGAUCUUGCAUCUGAAACUUGA